AUGCCUCCCAAAGGUUCAAAACGUAAAGCUAGUUCCGCUGCCGGCGCUCCAGCCAAACGGACUAUCCUCAGCUUGUUGAAGGUCGAAACCAGUGACCGGAGCUCUUCGCAGGAUAUCCGCGAUGAGGAUGCCAACGAAGCCUCGACGGUUGUCAAGGACGAAUCUGACGGCGAUAGUGUAUCUCAAUCGCAUGUCGACACCGCUUCAGGGCAUGAGGAGAUCGUUCUUCGCGAGUUUUAUCCUCCAGAGAUGUCAAACGAGCGAGUUAGAUCCUACAAAGAUGGCACAAUAGAACUGCCGUAUACCGAGCUGACAUCGGCCUUAACGGACACGGAAGCUGAGCGUGUUAACUUGGCACCAAAAAAGGCCGUAGCUCACUGGUUCAGAUGGGACCUACGACUUUCCGACAAUACAGGCCUUCAUAGGGCUGCUGAAUCUGCAAAAUCACAGGGGUUACCUUUAAUAUGCCUCUACUUAUUCUCCCACCAAGAUUUCCAUGCUCAUCUUACAUCACCUGCGAGAAUCGACUUCUGCCUCAGGACCCUGCAAAUUCUCAAGGACGACCUUGCGAAGUUGGAUAUUCCCCUGUGGGUCGAAGAGGUGACGGACCGAAAGCGUACGCAAAACCAUGUCCUUGAUUGGUGUGAAAAGUGGGACGUGGGUGAACUUCACGCGAACAUGUUGUACGAGGUUGAUGAGCUGCGCCGAGACGCGAAGCUUGUCAGGGAGGGGGUAAAGAAGGACAUCAGAUUCACUGUACACCACGAUACAUGUGUCGUUGAGCCUAUGGUCUUGCGGUCUGGAGCUGGGAAAACGUAUUCCGUAUUUACGCCGUUCUUCAAAUCCUGGGAGCCGUAUGUUUACAGAAACAAAUGUGUUCAGGAUCUCUUCCCUCCGCCGGGGAAGAAUGAUCCGAAGCAUACCGUGAGGGAAGCCUUUGCAGAAUUAUUUUCUCAGACUUCUUUCCCCACUCCAAAUCCGAACAAACGUUUGGAGCAAAAAGAAGCCCAACGGCUAGCAAAACUCUGGCCGGCUGGAGAACAUGAGGCUAGGUCUCGGCUCCGGCGGUUCCUGGACGAACGAGUUUCUAAAUACGUGGACACGCGCAACAGGCCUGACAAUGAUAGUGGGACUAGCGGUUUAUCCGUCCACUUGUCCGCUGGAACUUUGAGCGCUCGUCAGGCUGUCCGAGCUUGCAUGGAUCACAACAAAGGUAAAUCAUUGGAUUCUGGACAUCACGGUUGGAUCCGUGAGCUCUGUUUCCGGGAUUUCUACAAACAAAUUCUGGCAGCAAACCCGCACGUUUGCAUGAACAAAGCUUACCACGAAGAAUACCACAAGGUCAAAUGGGAAUACAACGAAGAGCAUUUUCAACGUUGGGUUCAAGGGAAAACCGGGUAUCCGAUCGUUGAUGCAGCGAUGAGACAGCUGGCCACGAACAAGUAUAUGCAUAAUCGGUGCCGAAUGAUUGUAGCGAGUUUUUUGUGUAAGGAUCUUCUUUUGGAUUGGAGGAAGGGUGAAAAUUAUUUUAUGUCCGAAUUGAUCGAUGGGGAUUUUGCUUCGAAUAACGCUGGAUGGCAGUUCUGUAGUUCUUCGGGAACGGAUGCCCAGCCGUAUUUCCGAAUCUUCAAUCCUUUGACUCAAAGCGAGAAAUUCGACCCGGACGGAGAAUAUAUCCGCCGCUGGGUUCCCGAACUCAGCAAGCUGAAAGGGAAAGAAAUUCACGAUCCUGCCAGUCGGCUUUCUCCUGCCGAGUUCAAGAAACUAUCUUACCCUAAACCCAUAGUCGAGCACAAGGCCGCUAGAGAACUGGCACUAGAGAGAUACAAAUCGGGGCUUGGAAAGAACACUCGUUGA